CCACGCGGCGCAGCUGCUGGCGUGUUGAGUGGCAAAAGAUGAGAUCGAGUGAGAUCGAGAUUGAACGCCAAAUACAAUUUUAUUUAUUUUGUUGACGGCUUGUCGUCUUUCUUUGCUAUCCACUCAGUCCACACUGGCCAUUUUCGCUUUACGCUUGAUCUUCAGGUUUAUCUUUAGCGCUUUGUUUGUGUAACCGAUAUUGAUCAAGGUCGAAAUGGGGAAGAGCUGCUCGGCUGUUGGCUGUACGAGACGAUUCAAAAAGGGCGACAAAGGUUGGACAAGAUUGCCCACUGAAGAAAGUGAACCUGAGCGCAGGGAAAAGUGGAUAACUGCUCUGCGAAGGGAGAACUGGACACCAGGAAAGCACAGCUGGUUAUGUGGAGCGCAUUUUAUCGGCGGGGCGAAGAGUGAUGAGCCUUUGUCACCAGACUAUGUGCCACGUGUGUUUACGUUUGUACGGUCCCCAGUCAAGAGGAAAAUGCAGGAGGAGUUGGAGGCUUACCACCGGCGUGCAAAGCGGACUCGUUUGUUUGCUGAUCAAAGCGCUACAAAGGCUGUGGAAUCGACUGCAGCAACUCCUACUCCUGAUCCUGCUGAAUCCGCGUCCACUUCAAAAUCUUGCCAAACAGAUCUCACCAUGGGCAAGCUUCACGAUUUGGAGAGUGAAAAGGAGCAGUUGAAGGCAUCAGUAGCGAAACUGCAGGCCCGAGUGACGGAGUUGGAGCUGGAGAACGCCACCUUGAAGCUGAAGCAGCCGUCUUAUGGGUACACUGAAGAUAAUUUCAAAAAUGACCCUGCCAAAGUCCAUUACUACACUGGCCUGCCUGAUGUGAAAAUCCUGUCAACUGUCUUCUCUUAUGUGUCAAAGCCUCUCUCUGCCCAUGGUCAUAGCAAGUUGUCCCUCUUCCAACAAUUCAUCCUCGUGCUCAUGAAACUUAGACUGAACCUCGCGCAUCAGGACUUGGCUUACCGCUUUGGCAUCAGUCCGGCCACUGUCACAAAGAUAUUUGAGAAGUGGAUUCAAGUGAUGUUCGUCCGGCUACGCCCACUUAUCCGCUGGCCAAACCAUGGUGACCUGGAGAAGACCAUGCCGAGGAGCUUCCGCGGACAGUUCGGUCGCUGCGUCUGCAUAAUCGACUGUUUCGAGGUAUUUAUGGAGAGGCCACGUAAUCUUAUGGCUAGAGCUCUCACCUUUUCACAUUACAAAUCCCACAACACUGUCAAGUUUUUGGUUGCUGUCACACCCCAAGGCUCCAUAUCCUUCAUCUCCAAGGCUUGGGGCGGACGAACACCUGACAAGCAUUUGACGGAGAACUGUGGCCUAUUGAAGCUCCUCAAUCCGGGAGAUCAAGUCAUGGCGGAUCGUGGAUUUACUAUCGAAGACAGCGUUGGCAUGUACUGUGCCAAACUAGUCAUCCCUUCCUUCACCAGGGGGAAGAAGCAGCUGAGAAGGCAGGAGCUCGAGCAGUCACGCCAAAUCGCGAAUGUGCGUAUCCACGUUGAGAGGGUGAUCGGCCUGCUUCGGCAGAAGUAUACCAUCUUGCAGUCAACCCUGCCUAUCACCCUAUUGAAGCAUGAUACGGAUGAGAAGGAGUCCAUGAUUGAUCGUAUUGUUAGUGUGUGCUGUGCUUUGUGCAAUUGCUGCAAAUCUGUUGUGCCGCUCAACUGAGCACUGUGAUAGUAGUUUGUAGAUGAUUGUGAUUUGCUGCAACGGGUUUAUGCAUUGUGGUACUCUGCUCAUUAUACACGUUGCCGUUAUUAUCUUGGUCAUGAAACUCAUCAUGCCACCAUGGUCCUGCAAUGUCAGCUCUGCUUGCCAUAUCAACGAGUGUCAGUUAUUUUGCCUAUGUCUGGUGGCACCCUGUUUCAAUGUCCAUUGGAUGCCUGAACUGGCCGGCUAUGCGCUGAACUGUGAAUGUAUUGUUUUAUUUUUUUAAUAGCAUCAAAUGGAAAAUAGCUGUACACCAUGAUUAAUGAAACUGUCUUUGUGUUCGGCAAUGUGAACUUCAAUAUUUGCAUAUAAACUAACACUAUCGGCACCCAGA